AUUCUUCACUGUCCCGGAAACGACUUUACCUCCCGCCUCCCGAAACGUAAAGUGGAGCAACUGAGGCCGAAAACGAGAUGCCAGUGGCCGUGGGUCCCUAUGGUCAGUCCCAGCCCAGCUGCUUCGACCGGGUGAAGAUGGGCUUCGUGAUGGGCUGCGCCGUGGGCAUGGCGGCUGGGGCGCUGUUCGGUACCUUCUCGUGCCUCAGGAUCGGGAUGCGGGGCCGGGAGCUGAUGGGCGGAAUUGGCAAAACCAUGAUGCAGAGCGGGGGUACCUUCGGAACAUUUAUGGCCAUCGGAAUGGGCAUUCGCUGCUAACCGCGGCACCCCCAUCUCUCCCUCCACCCCCGCACAUCCUUGUGUAAUAUAAUAAAGCCUUUGAGUACGUGCAAUGUCAA